AUGCAGCUGGACCAUGAGCCUUUCGGCUCCUUGAAUUGGCCAGAUUCCGAAGACCUCCUCAACUCAAUUCUCUCUGCCGAGUUUACCACGCUCCCCGCCCUGGAAGUCCUUCCUUCCCAGUCCAUCGUCUGCGGUACAACCGACCUCGAGUCACACCCAGUCGCUUCAUGGUUGACCUUCGACUCGAAUCAAGACCAUCUGCAUGGUGGGAAUCAUGCGGUACAAUCGUUAAGCCACAUCAUCAACUCCACGUCUGGCGAUGUCACAUCGACGGCUCAGAGUCUGGGUUUGACCAGUGUUUUCCUUGACGGCUGCCUCCACAUGUUCUUCACUCAAUUCGUCCCGAAUUUUCCUGUCGUCCACCGCCCGACGUUUGUCUUCAGAGACUGGACUUCUCCUCUACUGCUGAACGCAAUUGCCCUCGGAUCCUUAUUUAUGGGCAAGAAGGACUGCGUAGCAAAGGGCGAGGCUCUGUGGCGCUUGGCGCACACUGCUGUGGCUACAUCGUGGUCGAGCCUCAUCCGGCACCGUGGCCCCUACGAUAUUUGUCCUGGUAUCCAACUAGUUCUCACGGCUCUACUGGGUCAGGUAUAUGCAACACUUUCUCGAAAUAUUAAACUCCGCAAGACAGCACAGGUGUUUCACAGUCUCGGGUUUUUCUGGGCACGUGAAACCGGCAUGUUCGAUCUUCAAGCCGACAAAGACAGUGAGGCUCCUGCAUUGGACCGCUCUGCAACUGAGGAUGUCGUUGAGGAGGAAUGGAAAGUGUGGGCCGCGAAAGAGACCCAGCUCCGGGCCUUGCUUGGCCAUUAUGUUCUUGACGCCCAGCUUUCAGACUACACAAGCGCUCCCUCCCAACGACACACAUCACAUUGCCUACCAGCACCCGCGAAUGAUGCCAUAUUCGGCGCUCAGGACGCCGUAACUUGGAGAACGGAAAUGUUGAAUCAGAAAAACGACCCACGACCUUUUUUUGAAAUGUUCUGUUCUCUCUUCUCCGAGAAUGUGCAUGUUCGCCAUCCGGCAACCUCACUUUCCUCGUUCACAGCCUCGGUAUUACUCGAGGGUCUCAAAGCCUUAUCAGCGGAGCGAAUAGCAUCUCCUCCAGAAGUGAUCGGAAUGCCCUCCGAACAUGAUAUUUCCCGUGCUUUGCGAAAGUUGCACACGUUCGUGGUUCAAAGCAAGUCUCUCUCCUCUGUUGAAAAAGACGUCGCUCUGUUACGGUGGCAUACCAUCUGCCUGCAUAUGGUGGUGGACCUGAAUCCUUUGUGUCGAGCGUUGUUUCAGAAGUACAAUAUCAACCAGCACGUUAUAAGUGCCCGGAGAGUGCCACCUUUGGAUCUAUCGUCCUGGGUUUCUACCAGCAGAGCACGCCUUGGACUUCUCCACGCCUUCAGCAUCUACGGUAUAUUACAGAAUCUUCCAUUUGUGCAAACACAGAGGAUCGAUAUACCUAUGGCAGUCUUUAGCGCCGCCAUGAUGUACUCCGCGUUCCUCCUGGGUGGUGUUUCAACCAUCAGUCUCCCAGAAACUGAGGGUUGGGAGAGCGUCAUCCCUAACGACCUCGACACCCCCCCGAACAGCGAGGAACCCGAGCUUGUACAUGAGGUUCGACAAUAUCUCAAUGGGAGGUUGCAAAAGCAUGGGAGGUGCAUCAAUCUUCUAUACGACAUCAACCUUUUCUCGAGGAUUCUGAAGACUCUCGAAGAGCUAUGGGGUGUUUCGUACGAGAUGCACCGUGGUCUGGAAGAACUAUCGCUGCGCUAUACUUAG